AUGACAGAUUGGCAACCUGAACCAAAUUCUCUUGAACAGCUAAGAACCAUCUUUUCAGGCUCAUUGUCUCCAGAUAAGUCUAUUCGUCAACAAGCUAACGAGGCCCUUGAACAAGCUCGUUUGCAACCUGAUUUGGAUAGUUAUUUACUAUAUAUUUUGGUGGAAGAUGCCAACAGUGGUUCAAACAUUAGAGCGUCUGCUGGUCUCUUGUUGAAGAAUAACAUUAUUUCCAAAGACUUUGUGCACUCGAAACCUAAAGACGUCCAAAUCAGUAUUCUCAAUAAUAUUUUGAAAGGUUUAUUGGACAGCGACACUUUAGUUAGAAAUAUUACUGGUAAUGUCAUUUCUGCAUUAUUCCAAAUCUACGGCAUUCAAGACUGGCCACAGGUUUUGGUGCAAUUACUUGAACUUGCCAAUGGAGAAAAGGGAAACUCAUUAAAGUCUCAAGAGGGAGCAAUUUCUGCAUUAUCCAAAAUUUGUGAAGAUUCAGCUUUAUCAUUAGACAAAGAAUUCAACGGCCAAAUCCCAUCGGAGUUUCUUAUUCCAAACUUCAUGUCUUUGUUAAACCAUCAAUCAACAGCGGUCAUUUCUAAGUCGGUUGUUUGUUUGAAUCAAUUUAUCACUUUAAAGUCCCCAUAUAUUGAUCAGCAUUUCGAAGAACUUUUGCUCAAAGUCUUCAACCUAACCAGCAUUAAUGAUGAUGAUAUUAGAAAACAUAUUUGUACAUCCUUCUAUUUAAUAUUAGACAAAUACCCAGAAAGCUUAAUUCCACACAUCGAAGGUAUCACCAAUUUCUGUUUACAUACUAUCGUGGAGUCCACUAAAGGUGAGGAUGGAAAUGAAGAAGUUGCUCUUGAAGCUUGUGAAUUCUUGUUAGGUUUGGCUACUUCCAGCUAUGAUCUCAGCGUAAUUAAAAACUUGUUACCAAAUAUGAUACCAAUUUUGGUUGAGAAAAUGGUUUACUCAAAGGCCGACAUCGAAAUUUAUGAACAAUUAGACUCAUUUGAUGAUGCGGAAAUCGAAGAUAAGGAUGAAGAUAUUAGACCAACAAAUGCUAGAAAUAAGGAGAAGCUCGCCACUAAAUUAGAAAACAAAGAGAUUUCUAACACCGUCAAAAAUGCUAGCAAUGAUGAUGAUGAUGAUGAUGACGACGAUGAAGACGACGAUGAAGAUGGAUCUGAUGAUCCUUCCGUUUGGAACUUGAGAAAAUGCUCUGCUGCCACUCUUGAUGUCUUGGCUAAACUUACCCCACAGGAAGUCAUUAGCAUUGUGCUUCCUAUCUUGAAAGAAAAAAUCGUUAGUGAUCAAUGGCCUGUGAGAGAAGCUGGGAUUUUGGCAUUUGGUGCCAUUAGUAAUGCUUGCCUUGAAGUAGAAGCUGACAAGGUCCCUUCAUUGAUUCCUUUCUUGGUUGAAAGAACCCAGGACCCUGUCCCAAGAGUCAGACAAAUAACAUGCUGGACUUUGGGUCGUUAUUCUGGCUGGGUAUGUGAAGAAGCCCACAAAAAUGGUGCUUGUGCUAACUAUUAUAUUCCAACUUUACAGGCAGUGAUGGCAUGUGCCUUAGAUAACAAGAAGAUUGUUCAACAAAGUGCUUGUUCAUGUAUCGAUAGUUUCAUUAAUAACUCAGAAUACGAUAUGAUUGUUGGAUUGAUAGAGCCUUUGUUGGAGCACUUCAACAAAUGUUUCCUAAAAUACAAGCGUAAAAACUUGGUCAUUUUGUAUGGAGCUCUUCAAACAUUUGUUGACAAAGUUGGUGAUGUUGUGACCUCCAAGGAGGAAUAUAUUACAUUAUUACUUCCACCAUUGCUCGAAAAAUGGGAACAACUUCCAGACGAUGACAAAGAUUUAUGGCCUUUGCUAGAAUGUAUGUCCUCCGUGGCGGCUUCCCUUGGGGAAUUAUUUGCUCCUUAUGCUGUGCCUGCUUAUCAACGUUCUCUUCGUAUUCUUCAAAACUGCAUUAAUUUGGACAAGAUGUGUGAUGUUGAUCCAACUAUCAACAGCCCGGAGAAAGAUUUCAUCAUUACCGCUAUUGAUUUGAUCGAUGGCUUGGUUCAAGGUUUGGGAGUUCAUAGUGCUGAAUUGAUUAUGCAAAACGGUGGUCGUGAUAAUAAUACAAACUUGGUUGAUUUAUUAUUGACUUGUUUCCAGGACCCCGUACAUGACGUUCGUCAAUCAGCAUUUGCCUUGCUUGGUGAUUUGGCUAUUUUUGUUUUGCGUCCAGUUGUGUUACCAUACUUGCACCCAAUCAUGCAAUGCAUAAUUAAUGAAAUCAACUCAAGAAACUAUGAGGCCAGUCCAGUAUGUAACAAUGCUGCUUGGACUCUUGGGGAAAUGUCCUUAGUGAUGACUAAAGAAGAGUUGGUUCCAUACCUUAAUGACAUCAUUCCAAGUUUGAUUGGAUUGAUCAAUGAUGAAAAUUAUGAACAAACCGUUAUUGAAAAUGCUGCCAUUGCUAUUGGAAGACUCGGGACUUUCUGUGCCCAGGAAUUGAGCGGUCAUUUGUCUGAAUUUGCCAUCAGAUGGUGCACUUUCAUGAAAUACUUGGAGAGCAAUGAAGAAAAGGAAACUUCUUUCAAGGGUAUGUGCAGCAUCAUUUGUGCUAAUCCAACUGGAUUCGGAAGUAAUGACGGGUUGUUGUACUUUGUCGACUGCAUUGCUAGCUAUAUGCAUCCAAGCAUGGAACUUUGUGGCAUUUUCCAAAAGUUGCUUACCGGGUAUAAAGAUAUGAUGGGAGCUGAAGAGUGGAACCAAUUUUUGGGAAACUUGGAGAUGGAUGCGCAAAACGUUAUCAAAAACAGAUAUGGAGCCUGA